GGUUUUAGUUGGUACUGGCUUCUAACCUUGCAGAAAGGCUGACAUUGCUUAAACAAAAAAUUAAAAUGGAACUAAAUAGAAUGCUGAAUUGUGCAUUAAAUCUCACUCUUCCAUAGACCAUGCCAUCCAUCUGUGACUGCCAUUCCAUGGAAAAAAGAUGGAUCCCAUAACAACUUACCUCGAACAAAUACUUUAAGUAUUUCUGCCAUCAACAAGACAGCAUCACCACUGACUGAGAAGAGAGGAGAGGAAAGUUAUCAUGAGCCAAGUGAUCAACAAUGUCUCUUCCACAGCAUAGUUAUCUCUGCCCACAGCCAAAAGCAGUUACAGUAUCACCCCUCUCACACCAGCUCUUCAGCAUUUUGAAGAGAUACAGGCCUAAAUACCAGGAAGUAGUUUCCAUCUGAUUUUGGAAGCUGAGCAGGAUCAGCCCUGGCUACCCUCUACUGUUUUUCCAUGCUGGGAUCCCUCUUAAUUCCUCAUCUACCUGGGGGGCAUGAGUAAGGCUGAUGCCUGCCAUAGAGAUGGAUGACUUCCGUAGAUCCUACACCAGGCUGUGCAAAGAGAGUGGUGCUGAGCCUCAGGAAAGCAUCCUGCAGCAUUUGGAGGAAGCAACGGGGAGAAGCCGCUUGGAUUUUGCCACGCAGAGCCUUUCUGUGGAUACCUGUGGCGCCCUGGGCAAGCUUUUGCAGAAUGAGCUUCAGUUCACUGAGAUAACCCUGAGUGAUUGCAUGCUGAGUGAAGAAGGAGCUAAGCUGUUACUCCAUGGACUUUGUUCUAACACUGUUGUCAAAUCUUUGGACCUGAAGGGAAACAACCUGCGAGCUGUGGGGGCAGAAGCUCUGGGGAAACUUCUCCGGCAAAACAAGUCUAUUGGGAGUCUCACUUUGGAGUGGAACAACUUGGGUAUAUGGGAAGAAAGCUUUGCCAUAUUCUGUGAAGGCAUUGCAGCCAACAGCCACCUCCAAUGCCUGGAUUUGCGCAAUAACCAGAUCAACCACCAGGGGGCAGGAGAGCUAGCCAUGGCACUGAAAAGGAAUUCCAGUCUACAGGAACUGGAUCUGCGCUGGAAUAACAUUGGGCUCCUGGGGGGGCGUGCACUCCUGAAUUGUCUGCAUAGCAACCGGGCACUACGACAACUGGAACUGGCUGGGAACAAUGUGCCCAGUGACAUCCUGAAGGCUGUGGAUCAAGCCAUGGAACAUAACCAAGAGCGUCAGACGAUCCUCUACAAGAGUCGUAACAUGACCCAAGUGCUCAGUAAAGAGGUGUUGAGCUUGAAGGAGGAGAAAACGAAACAGUUCCUGGAUCUGAUGGAUACAAUUGACAAGCAGCGAGAAGAGAUAACCCGCAGCAAUAGCUUUGCCACUUGCUUACCCAUUCUUGGCGUGACAGAUACUUUCUGGUUGAUCUUGUACCUGGAUUUUGCCUUCUGCUGUCUCUGCAGGGUAUCAGCAGCACGAGUCGGGCAGCUGCAGGAGGUUUUGAAUGAGCGACAUUCUGUGAUGAACUCUCUAAAAGCAAAGCUCCAGAUGACUGAGGCAGCUUUGGCUCUAUCAGAACAGAAGGUGUGCAACCUGGGGGAGUUGCUGAGCACAGCCAAGCAGGAGCAGGCAGAGCUGGUGGAGAACCAGGCCAAGGAGAUGCAGCAACACAAGAAAGAUUCUGCUGAUCGAGAGGCAAAACUUCAGCGUGAACUUUCAGUAGCCAAUGAGAAAAAUUUCCUGCUCAGGAAUCAGGUAACUGAACUGGAAAGAAGAUGCAAAACCCAGCAGGAGCAGCUGUUCCAGGUGAAGGAAGACCUGACUCACACAACAGCAGAAAUGAAAUUAAGGGCUGUGCAGGCUGAAGAGCGCUUGCAGAUGGAGAAGAGGAGGUUCAAGCAGGUUCUUGAGGAUGCAGAGGCUCUUCGGCAGAAGGAGGUAGAUCAUAUGACACAUCACAUGGAGGCAAGUGAGUGUGCCCUGCAGGAACGCAUCCAGCGGCUGGAGGCCACCCGCACAGGGCUAGAGGAGGAACUAAGUCGAGCGAAAGCUGCUGCCCUUGUAGAGCGAGGCCAAGUUGAGGAAGAGCUCAUCAAAGCCAAGAAGCAAGCAAGACUGGAAGAGCAACAACGAUUGGAGCAUCUGGAGGAGAAGCUGCGGCUGAUGAUGCAGUCCCGCGAUGAGGCUCACAAUUGCUGUCUGCAGCAGAAACAAACCGUGGCUGAGGCCCAUGUGAAGGAGAGUCAGCUGAGCUUGCAGGUGGAAGGACUCAAAAGGCGGUUGGAAGAGGUUCAGCAGGAGCUGAGCAGCAAGGAACACGAAAAAGUAAUGGAGGUCAAUAAAGUGCGAGUGGAGCUACAGGAACAGAUUGGGCACCUGGAGGCUGAGAGGACAGCACAAGAAGGAAUGAGAGAAAAGAUUGCAGCUCUGGAGCGACAGCUGAAAGUGCUGUCCAGUAACCACCGAGAGGCACUGCUAGACAAAGAGGGCGAAAUCUCAAGCAUGCAGGAGAAGCUGCGAGUUCGUGAGGCAGAGAUCUCCCGAAUGAGGGAGGAGGAAGCUCAGCGAGUCAGCUUUCUUCAAAACGCCAUUAUGGCCUAUGUGCAAGGUUCCUCACUAGGCCCUGUUGGCCCCAAAAGCUGAGACGGAAUCUUGAAAAAUCUUAAGGCAUGGAAUCACAGAAUGCUAAUUGUAUCCUGACUGUGGAACCACAUGGGCAUCAUGGAAUCUGAUUCCCUUAUGACUCUGGGAGAUCUUGCACUACAUACCCCACUGUCACCUACCUGAGGCUGUGUCUGAGGCAUCACUGAAGGAAAUCCCAUUUGUUUUAGAAACCAUUUCACUGUUGUGCACCAAAACCAUGUUGCAAGCUCCCAGUGUAAAGCUACCCCUUCAUAUUGGAGUACACAAAAAAGUUUGUUCACAGGGACUACAAAGAUAAUGUUUUUAUACAUCACAGACAUUGGCUUUCAUCUUAGGUACAUGUAACAUCUCUGGUCUAUUUGGGCUGGGCAGGGGGAUGCUUCAAUCUGCUCAGCUCUCUCAUCUCAAUAACAAGUGAAAGAAAGUCAUUUUCUCAAAUGAUGUCACUACUUCUCAUGCCAGUGAUCCUGCUCUAGCAGGACUACACAAGAUGACAUUAAAUAAGUACCCUACUCCCUACUACUCAUGUAAUUAAAAAGACAAAUGUGGGCCUUAAUGUUUUUGGCUAACAUCCCCCAUCAGCCUUAUCCAGAAUAGCCAAUGUAUGGAAUUCUGGGAAUCACAAUCCAAAAGCAGACUGAAGGGCUAACAGUUGCCAACCUUUAUUAUAAAGAUACAAGGCUGCAAGGAGAACAUUUUUAUAUCAUGAUCCUGUACUAGCAGCCCUUUAAGCAGAAUAAACCAUUUGUCUUCCCUCCUUUGGAGCAGCACUAAUACUGAAGUUUACUGGGGGGAAAUGCCUUUAAAGUGAGCAUGCCUCUGCCAACAGUGCAUGAUUUCCUUGGCCUAAAAGUGGCUAAUUCACCCAUGGGGCCUUCUAAAUCUUGGUAAUGAAAACAGCCACCUCCUCUCACUGGCAGCAGGUUUUUAGUUGGUAGAAAGAGGGGGGGGGGCACUGUGGCCUAGGAACCAGAUUAAUAUACAGCUCAUCCUGAUUUUGAUGUCUUAUCUCCCUGCAGGCUGUGAGCAUGAAAAUGGCAAGCUCUGAGAAUUAAUUUCUAAAUCCAUCUUUAAAACCAGUGUGAAAUAUAUUUGUAUUUCUCCUAUGUUCAAGGGUUAAUUUGUGUUUAUACUUAAACAUACUUGUGCACACAAAUGCACACAUAUAAAUAUGAAGUGUUUAGUUAUAUUUGAUCCAACAGUAUAUUAAAUGUCUAAUCCCUUUCCAUUCAAAUUAGGAAAAUGUGUAUACAGUAUUUUGAUCCCCCUUUCCCUGUGUUUUAAUUUGGAGGAGGCAAAGUCCCACUUCUUUACUUUGGAACACUGGUUUCCUCAAAUAAUAGUGUGAGUAUUUCUGUGUCAAAAAAAUAAAUAAAUUAUAAUUAAUUUUAAUUUUUCCAAAAGUUUCACCAACAUUACCUGUGAGACAGUCAUUUGUUCUAUUUCAGAUUUGCACAAAAAAUUGCAUGGGGAAGCAAACGGACUAAUUUCAAUUUCAGAAAUCCUAACUUCUCUUCCCAAUGAAAACAAAAAAAAAAUUAAAUUCUACAGUUCAAAGUGAGACUCCUAGAAAGCAGGUAAAUAAAUAUGCAAAACAAAUACAUUAAAUAUAGCAGUCCAGUUACAGUGUGGCUAUAGAUGGGCUGAGUGGUUUUCCUCCCUGGUUUGGUUCUUGCUGUCUGGUUGCCAGAAGUACAUUCUUGCUGCAGUAGUACUUUUCUCACUGUUAUUGUAUCUUUAGAAGGAAAAAUAUUUCAUUGUCAGUACCUGUAAAAGAUGAAAGAUAAUAGAUAUGUAUAGUCUCUCUUUUGUUUGAGGUGGGUAUCUACAAAAGAGCAUCUUUCUUUCCAAAUUCAAAGGAGCAUCUAAUGAAAAUGGAACCGGCGGAGGGCGGGCUUCCUGUAUCAAGAGCCUUUGGCCUAAUGCUUGUUGAACAGAGAGGCUUCCCAAAAAUCAAGGGCAUGCUUACUUAUGUGUUAUCAGUGAGAGACUUCUUUCUCGUAUGUGAGAACACAACUGUGAAGUGUUGUACUUCUUACCAUGGAGCAACAAUUCAUAGAAUCUCAUCAUGCAUAAGGUGGAAUUUCAGAUGUAUACAUCUUUUCUGUCUGUCUUCAGUAAUGCACUGUCCCAGUUCUUGUUAUGUGCCUUCAAGUCAGCUGUGACUUACGUUGACCCUAUCAUAGCCAAGAUCUCUUUAGAGAAGAUUUGUGAUUGCCAUCCUCUGAGGUUGAGUGUGGCUUGCCCAAGAUCACCCAGUGGGUUUCCAUGGCUGACCAGAGAUCUUCACUCUGGUCUCCCAGAGUCCUAAUACAACACUCAAACCACUACACCAGCCUGGCUUCAGUUAUCAUUAAAAAAAUUAAAACAUUGUUAGUAAUAGAAAUUUUACAGCCUAACAGGGGAAUGAAAAAGAGUCCUGCAAAGUCAGUUGAGGACAAAACUACACCAGCCUGUUCUGAGCUUUGUUUGUGUGGUUCUGGAGAAUGCUCUUUGCUUAUGCCUGUCUGGAACAAUCAGUGGGUUUGCAACCCACUGCCCAAUGGCAAGGACACCUUUCUUCCCACACACACAGACAACACCCCAGGCUUCUAGUUUUUGGUUUUUUAAACCGGGCUUUAAAACAACAAGCAUCCCUGUGCUUGAGCUUAAUAUGAUUUGACUGAUUUGAUGGGAAAGCAGAAUUUUAUUCCCUUUUAGGCUUGUCCAACUGUUAGGGCAGAUAAUAAAAAAGGGCAGGAAAUCAGCAUCCGUCUUCAGUGCUGCACUUUUCAACCUCAGCAACCAGGUCUGGCUUGCACUAAAUAUUUUACGGAAUCUCAAUGCCAGUUAGGUAUCUUGUCAUGUGCAUCUGAGAAAAAGUGAUUCAAAAAUUUCCCUACAUGAUGGUACAAGUGAUUUUAGGCCCUCUCUCACCUUGAGAACAACCCUGAGUGUUGCUGUUUUGUGACUGUAAGCAAAUAAAGCCAUUUUUUAAAUGAAAGAUACUUCUUAAACUAUCUUUUUUUUCAUGUGUACAUGAAAAGUGUACACAAUUACACGUGUAGGAAAUGGAAGAGCCAGUCUACAAAUCACAAGUAAAACCUGCCUUGUAUUCGCAUAGAGAAAACUGAAAGAAUUUUAGAGAGGAGAUGCUUUAAGUAGGCACACAGUCUUGUAUAUUAGUUCUUUCAAUUUUACAGAGAGGAAACUAAAGCCGAGAGAGAGGGGCACCAUUUCAAAUGGGGGAAGAAGUACAAAGCAAUUUCAGAGUGGAGCACUCUUGGAUGCAUUCAAGAAUAAAUUACACACACACAUAAACACUUCUUAAAGUUUAUAUUUAUGUGGUUACCUUUAAUAGUUAAAAAUAACAUUAUAGUGUUGGUACAUAGGGCAUUUAGUUGUUCAGAAUACAAGCUUGCUGUGUUCCGGGCUCAAUACAAAGUGUUGGUUAUCACCUAUAAAGCCCUAUAUGGCUUGGGCCCGAGUUACUUGAGGGAACGCCUCUUCUUACAUAAUCCGCCCCGCACUCUCAGAACAACAGGAAAGUACUUACUUGAGUACUCCAGGGUGAGAUUGGCUGUAACUCACCCACGAGCAUUUACAGCAAUAGCUCCGAUGUGCUGAAAUAAACUCCCUGAAGAGAUUCGACUCAGUUCCUCUCUGGAUGCUUUCAAGAAGAUGUUGAAAACCCAUCUUUUCCACCUAGCAUACCCUCCUGACUCUUUAUAGAAAAAGUUAUGCCCUAAUCGAAGUGUACCUCAAGAUGUUUAACCUGAGAUUGUGAUAUUUUAAACUGUUUUUAUAUGAUGUUUUAUGGAAAUGUAUCUGUGAUUGUAAUUGUAUUGUGAUAUGAUGUGAUGUAUACUCUCUCCUCGAAUUUGUGAACUGCUUUGAUCUCAUUGGAAAAGCGGUAUAGAAAAUAAAGAUU